GCCACAAUGACGGCAGUGCAGCUUUUCAACACUUUGGAGGAUUUAAAAGAAGAGGAAUUUAAGAAAUUCAAAUGGUGUCUGCAGCAAGACAUCCUGGAAGGCUACCAAAGAAUCAAAGAGUCCAAGUUGGAGAACGUAGAAAGGCAGGACACGGUGGAUGAGAUGGUGAAAACCUAUCAACUUCAAGGAGCUCUGAAGGUGACCAAGAAGGUUUUAGAGAAGAUCAACAGGAAUGAUCUGGUCCAGAGUCUGCCAGACACCAGCUCAGGACCAGAAGAUAUAGCUGCUGUGAGCAUUCUGCAAUCUGAAGAUCAGUUUCUGUGCGCCAUCUGUCUGGAUGUGUUCACUGAUCCUGUCAGCACACCAUGUGGACACAACUUCUGCAAAAACUGCAUCACUGAACACUGGAAUACUAGUGACCAGGAACUGUGUCCCCUGUGUAAAAAGGUUUUCAACACAAGACCUGAGCUGCACGUCAACACUUUCAUCUCUGAGAUGGUCGCUCAGUUCAGACAGUCAGCUCAACAGAAAGCCAGAAGCAGCAGCAGCUCAGAGCAACAAGUGUCCAAAACAAGAGAAGUUCCCUGUGACGUCUGCACUGGAACCAAACUGAAGGCAGAGCUGGGGAAGACAGGGGCUGAAAUUCAGAAGAUGAUCCAGAAGAGACGACUGAAGAUUCAGGAGAUCAAACACUCAGUCAACCUCAGUGAGGAAGAUGCAGACAGAGAGAUAGCAGAAGGUGUUCAGGUCUUCACUUCUCUGAAGGAGUCUGUUGAGAGAGGCCUGAAUGAGCUCAUCAACACGAUCAAAGAGAAGCAGAAAACAACAGAAAAACAGGCCAAAGCUUUCAUCAAAGAGCUGGAACAGGAAAUCUCUGAGCUGAUGAAGAGGAGCACUGAGGUGGAGCAGGUGUUACGCUCUGAAGACCACCUCCAUCUUCUCCAGAGUGUCCAGUCCCUAAACAUCCAACAACCUCCACCCACCAAGGACUGGACAGAGGUCAGCGUCCGUCCAUCAUCAUAUGAGGGGACUGUGGUGAAAGCUGUGGUUCAGCUGGAGGAGACACUCAGUAAAGAGAUGAAGAAGCUGCUUGAAGCCGAGCUGAAGAGGGUCCAGCAGUAUGCAGUGGAUGUGACUCUUGAUCCUGAUACAGCACAUCCUCAACUCAUCCUGUCUGAUGAUGAGAAACAAGUGAAUCAUGGUGAUGUGAGGAAGAAUCUCCCAGACAACCCAGAGAGAUUUUCUUAUCGUGUUUGUGUUUUAGGAAAACAGAGUUUCUCUUCAGACAGAUUUUACUUUGAGGUUCAAGUUAAAGGAAAGACUGAAUGGACUUUAGGAGUGGCCAGAGAGUCAAUUAAGAGGAAGGGAAGCAUCACACUGAACCCUCAGAAAGGUUUCUGGACUAUAGCGUUGAGAGAUGGAAACGAGUACAAAGCUCUAGCUGACCCUGCAGUCCUCCUCUCUCUGAAGUCUCCUCCUCAGAAGGUGGGGGUGUUUGUGGAUUAUGAGGAGGGUCUGGUCUCCUUUUAUGACGUAGAUGCUGCAGCUUUUAUCUACUCCUUUACUGGCUGCUCCUUCACUGAGAAACUCUUCCCAUACUUCCAUACUGGUAAUAACUAUGGUGGUAAAAACUCUGCCCCUCUGAUCAUCUCUCCUGUCAGAGUAAACUAAUCACUGAUCUUAUUUGAGGUAUUGAUUUAUUUUCAAUCAAGGGAACAAAUGUACAUAUUCAUAUAUUUUUCAUCUUAUUUUCUACAGAAUCUGUUUCCUGUGGUGACUGAUUUACACUUUAUUCCAUUUAUUAUCAUAUGGUUAAAUGUGCAGCAGUU